AUGAUAAUGAAGGUUCCUAGUGUAACCCAGACGUUCGCAUUGAAGGGGAUGAGCCACUCCAAAAUGAAAACACUGCAACAACUUCACAUCCUGAGGUUUCUUGAGAAUGUAUUUAUUCCAUCUCCCACUACCACCAUUUCUACACCCAUCACUAUUGUUACAUGCCCAUCUGUUACUUUGGGCAUUUCGCAAACCCCACCCAUUUUCAACGAUUCCACCACGACACCAACAACAUCUGUUGAGGCUCCUAUUUCUGUCAACGCAUCUGAUGCACGAACAGGAGCUUCAGAUGACUUUGCGAGAUUCUCCAACAGUUCAUUCAACACCAAGACUGAAAGUAACGACGAAGCUCCCGUCACGAGAGGGCAACUCAAGGCAAUACACACAAAAUUGGACUCACUGCUUCACGCUUCAAAGGCAUCAUCCACUGAUGAUUAUUCUCAAGAAACAAUCAAGUCUCUUCUUGAGACCCUUACAAAAGAGCAUUCUGCCAAGCUUGAAUAA